GCUCAAGUUCCUAAGGUACAUAGAAAUUCCUGUUGCUGUGUGGAUUCUCCCUUUCUACGCUUAAUUCUGCAAUAACAACAAGAAACGUAGUUUGAUCCCUGUUCCGGUACCCAUCUCCCAUAGAAGCAACUCUUUUCAUUCUCAUUCUCUCAAAUAUAUGUAUAAACAAUUUCCAAGAUCGGAACUUUGGUGAAAAGAGAAGAGCUUUGAAGAGGAAGAAUGGCGAGUAGAGAUCUGGAGAGAGGGGGUGGUGCAAAGAACAGCGGAAACGGUUACUGCCCAUCUUCGAGUUCAUACCAUGUGGAUACUACCAGUGAAAAGCAAUGGACUUCAUGGCUUGUGCCCGUGUUUGUUGUGGCGAAUGUUGCAAUGUUUGUUUUGGUGAUGUAUGUCAACGAUUGUCCCAAGAACAAUCUGGGUUUUGGAGGAGACUGCGUUGCUAGGUUCCUUGGAAGGUUGUCCUUUCAGCCUUUAAAGGAGAAUCCUCUCUUUGGUCCCUCGUCUUCUACAUUGGAGAAAUUGGGAGCACUAGAGUGGACCAAGGUAGUGCAUGGGCACCAAGGAUGGAGGCUCAUCACUUGCAUCUGGUUGCACGCAGGUGUUAUUCAUUUGCUUGCUAAUAUGUUGAGCUUGGUUUUGAUUGGGAUUCGUCUUGAGCAGCAAUUUGGGUUUGUGCGAGUUGGGAUGAUAUACCUGUUAUCAGGACUUGGCGGAAGCAUACUAUCUUCUCUUUUCAUUCAGCAAAAUAUAUCAGUUGGUGCUUCUGGUGCUUUGUUUGGACUUCUUGGAGCAAUGUUGUCAGAGCUUCUUACCAACUGGACUAUAUAUGCGAAUAAGGCUGCAGCUCUUAUCACACUUGUGCUCAUUAUUGCCAUCAACUUGGCAUUAGGGAUCCUUCCCCACGUUGACAACUUUGCACAUAUUGGAGGUUUCUUGGUCGGCUUUCUCCUUGGAUUUGUUUUGCUACUCCGUCCCCAAUUUGGGUGGAUGGAACGCCAUCAACUCCCUCCCGAUGCCCGUGCAAACUCUAAGUACAAGGCUUACCAAUAUGUUUUCUGGGUGGUUGCUGUGGUUUUACUAAUUGCUGGUUUCACACUGGGACUGGUAAUGCUGUUUAAAGGGGAGAAUGGAAACGACCACUGCAGCUGGUGCCAGUACCUAAGCUGCGUGCCUACCAGCAACUGGAAAUGUGGGAACUGAUGGGAACACUAUUUUUAGCACAAGGCCUUACUUCUAUCUCCCUGGUUCCACAAUGAUUCUUUGAACCUUUUUCCCCUUAUAUCUUGUUAAUUGGUUUUUUUUCUUUCCCUUUCCUAUGUAUAGCAUAAUUUCUGACCUUGAGAUUCACUUUGGACAUCAAGAAUUCAAUGUUGUAUAUGGUUCAUUUGGAGUUUCAGACACUCUUCUUUUCUUUAUUAAGAUGAUCAAGUGACUAAACCUUGGUAUGAUUU